AUGGUCAGUAUUUCGAGAACCACGAGCAUGCGUGUGCUCCAGAUCAUGGCGAUGGCCGUCGUGGCGGCAGCCGUCACCGCGCACCAAGUCUCCAUCGUGCCAUCUACUGCGCCGUCCACUGCGCCGUCCACUGCGCCGACGCAGACGUGCGACCUGACCGUCGACGGCGUCUGCGCGCCCGCGCCGCCGCUCUUCGAGCCCACGUCCGAGUGGCAGGAAAUCCUGCCCAACCAAGCCAUUCCAGGCGGUCUCCACGUGCGCAUCAAUCUGGCGACGGGCAAGAAGGAAGCCAAGCUGCUCUCGAAAGACGACGACGACGACAGUGAUGCGACGCCGGCCAACGUGCCCACACCCAAGGUUGCUGCCAGCAAGCUCACAGCUGUUGCCAGCAAACCCACGGGCCAAGAAGCGGCGUCUGACGUCGUCGCCGCACCCGAGACGAAGGAGGAGCACCGCAUUAGUGAUUCGCUCUACAAUGUGCUCGCGGGGCUGCCCGAGCCGCCCGUCCUCGACGGCAUCAACAUCCACGAGGCGCACGCACACCUCUCGAAAGAGGCGUUUGCAGCAUAUGUUGAGAAGCUCUGGAAGGCGCGUCAAGCCGAGCUGAAAGAGGCGUCCGAGGCGAUCCGGAACGAAGCCCAGUACAUGCAGACGCUCAUCGAUGCGCUCUUGGCGCCAACAACGCCGACCGACGAUGUCCUCGACGCGCUCACUCAGCUCGAGUGGGAAGUUCAGGACCUCGACAAGGCCCGCGACUUCAACACGCUCGGCGGUCUCGCCGUGACGGUCCAGUUCCUCAACGCAACCGAUCUCGACGUGCGCGCGCAGGCCAUGUGGGUGGUUGGCAGCGCGGUCAAGCACUUUGAAGAGGCCCAGACGUGGGCGCUUCAGGCUGGCGCGGUCCCGCAUCUCUUGGAGUCGCUCGCCAUGCCCCUGCAGGACAAGGCGGUCGUCGCCAUGCAGCGCAAGGCCCUCUACGCCCUCUCGGCGCUUAUUCAAGGCAACGCCAAGUGCCAAGCCGUGUUCCUGUCACAAGAUGGGAUUCGUAUUUUGAACGCACUCGCUGCCAACACGGAGGCGCCGUUGCAGCUGCGACUCAAGGCGGUACUGGUGCUGCACCACCUCCUCGCCGAGCACGCGGCCGACCCGUCGCGGGCCGCCGACAUCCACGCGGCCAUCCACGCCAGCGACAUCUACUGCGCAGCGACCGCAGCGCUGCUGACGGACCCGACGCUCACGCCCCAGGUCGGGCUCCAGGUGAUGGAGGCGCUUGCGCAAGCGCUCAUGUCGCCGCCGUCGUCGUGCACGGCCGCCAUCACAACCCCUACCGUCGCCGCCCGCGUCGAGGCGCUCGACACGGCAUGGCGCACAGACCCGUCGCUGGACGCGGCUCUGCAGGAGGACGCAACGACCGUCGCCGUCACGCUCCUCGACUACAUUCGGGCGCUCACGCAGUGA